AUGACUACUGAAGACCAAGACAUCACUCUCACAGCUCAGUGCCUCUGCACGGCUCAUACCUUCACCACCAAAGUAUCCCGAUCAAAGCUUCCUCUACCAGGAUCUAUAUGUCACUGCACCUCCUGCCGAAAUGUAACAGGCGCUAUGUACAGCAGUCAUAUACACUGGCCUGGCUCAGCAGAUGAGAUUCAGAACUCUGACCUGAAGACUUACAAAUUUACCUCCAACUCCGUUCUUCUGUUUUGCGGCACGUGUUCAUGUCCAAUGUUCUGGGACGAUCACUACAAAGGUCAACCACAGAACUUUGGCGUUUUCACGGGAGUGCUGAACAAUGUUGAUGUCGACAACUUGAUCAAAUUUACGAGGCAGAUUUUCGUGGGUGAUACGGUCGAUGGAGGCGUUUCUCCGUGGCUACGGAAUGUCAAUGGUGAUGGGGAGAAGCCUCGCAGGUGGAUGGAGAAACCUAAGCAUGGUGGAGAAUUGGACGAAGGUUGGCCAGCCGCCAAUCAAGAUGCUCGGUCUGAAGUGCCUCCAGCUACAGAGGUAUCUGUUCGCUGCCAUUGCAAAGGAGUUGAUCUCGUCUUCCGUCCAAGCAACGUCGACUUCUCUGCUAUGGACCCUGAAGCGAUUCCUGCGUACAUCGACCCAAAGUCUCACAAACAUCUUGCGACACUCGAUCCAUGCCGCUCAUGUCGCUUGUCGGUUGGUAUUGACAUGAUGAACUGGACAUUCGCCAUGCUCAAACAGAUCGACUUCCCCGAUGGACCUGAAUUUCCUCGAAAUACGCACAAACUCAAGGACGCAGUCGAUAAUCCCAACCGAGACCCUCGUUACGGCACGCUUGCGAUAUAUCGAAGUUCACCUGACGUCCAAAGAUAUUUCUGCUCGCGGUGCUCUGCUACGGUGUUUUAUACCGUUGAUGAUCGUCCAGAGGUUAUUGACAUUGCUGUUGCGCUGUUACAUGCCCCGGAGGGAGCUCGUGCCGAGAGCAUUCUAGCUUGGCAUCUUGGUGCAAAGAUGAUGGGAGAGUGGGAAUUUGAGAGGCGCUGGAGAGAAAGGUUCGCCAUGUCGGUGAAGGACACGUCAGAGAAGUGGCGGAUCGAGAAAGGUUAUCCCAAAACGUGGAGGAGGAUUGCCUUUGAGGACGCAGAGAAGGAUGCGGGCAGCCAGAGCUAA